AUGCAUUUUUAUAAUGAAUUAAAAUCAUCAUUUAUUAUUAUUGCAUUUCUUGGUUAUAUUUUUUUGGUUAGUGGUUUAAUUAUUAAUUGUUUACAAUUAUGUUCUUGUAUAAUAUGGCCAUUUAAUAAAGAAUUAUAUCGAAAAAUUAAUCGCUAUUUAGCAUUGGGUAUCUGGAGUCAAUUUACAUUCGCGGCACAAUGGUGGUCAAAAAGUGAUUGUGCAUUAUAUAUAAAACCAGAUGAUCUUGAAAAAGUUCGUAAAGAACAUGCUAUUGUUAUAAUGAAUCAUAAAUACGAUAUUGAUUGGAUGGCUGGUUGGAUUAUUUGUCAACGUCUUGGUAUCAUGCAAGGAUCAAAAAUAGUUGGUAAACAAUCUCUUAAAUUAUUACCUAUUAUUGGUUGGUGUUGGAUAUUUACUGAAUCAAUAUUUUUAAGACGUAAAUGGGAUAAUGAUCGUGAAACACUUGUUAAAGAUUUACGAAAAAUUCUUGAUAAUUAUCCAAAAAAUUGUUUUUUUAAUUUUUUACUUUUUUGUGAGGGUACACGUUUUACUGAGAGAAAACGAUUAAUAAGCAUGAAAAUUGCACAUGAAAAAGGUUUACCAGAACUUAAACAUCAUAUAUUACCACGUACAAAAGGUUUUACUCUAUUAUUACAAGGAUCAGAAGAUCGAAUUACUGGAAUAUAUGAUUUGACUGUUGGUUUUAAAAAAAGUGGAGCUAAACCAAGACUCUUAAGCAUAAUAGAAGGUCGUUCUUGUCAAGCAGAAAUAUUUGUUCGACGCAUUCCGCUUAGUGAAAUUCCAAAAGAUAGUAACGGAUGUAACAAUUGGGUUUAUAAAUUAUAUGAAGAAAAAGAUAAAAUUUAUGAUUAUUUUGUGCAUCAUGAUACAUUUGAAGGUAAUGGUUUAACUCGUGUUGAAACUCAACGUAAUUAUUAUGAUUUAUUAAUUGAACUUAGUUGGAUGAUUAUCAUUGGAAUACCAUCAAUAUUCUAUCUUAUUAAAUUUCUUUGGACAAGUUCAUUUAUUGCUCAAUUAAUUUUUCUUAUUGUAGUUAUUCUUGCAACGAUUGGUGUUCGAGCUAUGAUUGCUGUAACAGAAAUUGAACGUGGUUCUGGUUUAAUUGUGAAUUUUGCUCAACUUCUUACAUGCAUUUUCAUUUGGCCAUUGAGUAAACAAUUAUAUCGUCGAAUAAAUUAUUAUUUAGGAACAUUAUUAUGGAGUCAAUUAACUUUUCUUUACUCAUGGUGGGCCUAUUCAAAUAUCACAGUUUAUGUUGAUCCACAAGAUUUAAAACAUCUUCAACAUGAAUAUGCCAUUAUACUUGUUAAUCAUCGAUAUGAAAUUGAUUGGCUUCUUGGAUUAGUAGCUGCACAAGAAAUUGGUUUACUUGGAGGUUUAAAAAUUGUUGGAAAACGUUCACUUAGUUUAAUACCAAUUCUUGGUUGGUCAUGGUUUUUUUCUGAAUCAAUUUUUUUACGUCGUAUUUGGGAAAGUGAUAAAAAAGUAUUAGAACAUGAUAUUCAACAACUUCUUAAUGGUUAUCCAGAUAAUUAUUAUUUUAAUUUUUUGAUGGCUUGUGAAGGUACUCGAUUCACAGAAAGAAAACGAUUAGAAAGUAUGAAAUAUGCACGAGAAAAAAAUUUACCAGAAUUAAAACAUCAUAUAUUGCCACGAACAAGAGGUUUUACAAUGAUUAUGCAAGGAGCAAAAGGAAAAAUACCAGGUGUUUAUAAUUUUAUGCUUGGUUUUUCAAAGGAUAAUCCUUCACCAACAUUUCGUACAUUGCUCAAAGGACAUUCUUGUAAAGCUCAACUUUAUAUCAAACGAACUCAUACACCCGAAAUUCCAUAUGAGGAUGAAACAAAAUGUGGUGAAUGGAUUCACAAAACUUUUCAAGAAAAGGAUCGUAUCUAUGAUCAUUUUGUUCAACAUGAUAAUUUUGAUGGUCUUGGUUUACCAGAAGUACCUGUUGUUCGGAAUUAUUCUGAUCUUUUAAUUGAAAUUUUUUGGCUUGUUACUAUUGAACUUGUUGAAGAAGGUGAUACAUCAACUCCAUUUUAUCUUGCCAUGAUGUUUAUUUUAACACCACUUGUUGUUAGUCGACGAGUUAAACGAAGUGCUGCAUUAGUACGACAAAAAUUAGGUACUGGUGUUAGACAUACUAUGUCAAGAUCAAUACAUGGUAUAUCAUCAACUGCAAAACGGAUAGCAAGAAUGAAACAUUUUGUUAAAAAACCAAGAACUUUAUUAAAGAAACCAAAAGCACCAUCAAAAGUAUCAAUUUAUAAAAUGUUACCACUUAAAUUAAUCUCUCGUGUAAUGGGUUGGAUAAGUCGUCUUUAUUUACCUAUAUGGCUUCGUCCACUAAUUUUUAAUUUUUAUAUAAAAAUAUUCUCAUGUCAUGCUCAUGAAAUGUAUAAUCAAGAUCUUAAAUCUUACUCUACAAUAUCAGAAUUUUUUCGUCGUAAAAUAAAAAUGGAAUUACGUCCUGUAGAUAAACAAUCUCCAAUUGUAUCACCAUGUGAUGGUCGUGUUUUAACAUGUGGGAAAGUAUCUCGUGGUCUUAUUGAACAAGUUAAAGGUAUAACCUAUAGUGCAUCUUCAUUUCUUGGCGUUCCAUUAACGGCUGGUAUAAUGAAAUUUCAACAACAAAAUCAAACAAGAUCUAAUUCUAAUUAUGAUUAUGAUGAUGCACAUUCGUAUGCCGAAAGUUUACUUAGAUAUCGUAGUCAUGCACUCUAUUAUGCAGUUAUUUAUCUUGCUCCUGGAGAUUAUCAUCGAUUUCAUUCACCAACAGAAUGGCAAAUAAGUUGGCGUCGUCAUUAUAUUGGUCAUUUAUUUUCAGUAAAUCCAAAAGUUGCUAGUUGGCUUCAAAAUUUGUUUUGUUUAAAUGAACGAGCAGCUUAUUAUGGUUCAUGGAAAUACGGAUUUUUUUCUAUGACAGCUGUUGGAGCAACAAUUGUUGGUAGUAUUAAUGUUCAUUUUGAUCCUGAAUUAAAAACAAAUAAUCGUUGUCGACCAAGAUUAGAAAAAACAUUUCAAACAAUGCGAAAUUCAAAUGGAAUUUUACUUAAACGUGCUGAUAAUUUUGGUGAUUUUAAUUUUGGUUCUACUAUUGUACUUGUUUUCGAAGCACCUGACAAUCUUGUUUUUAAUUUUAAAUCUGGUGAUCCAAUUAGACUUGGUCAAUCCUUAUGUUAUCUUGAUAGACGAAAGGAUGUUACUACACAAAAUAUAAAACCAAGUAAUGAAUCACCAACUCUUUCAACUGAAGAAAGCGAAAGUUCAAAUGAAGAAGAUGAAAAUCUAAAUGUUGGUAAUGACGAACAAAAUAUUGAUCAAGAAUUACUUGUUGAUACAGUGGCACUUGAUGCAGCUAUUGUUGAUGCUGGUGCCACUGCUAAUCGAGAAGUGAUAUCGAAUGAUAAUAAUGAACAAUAUUCGUCCACUUCGAAAAUUUAA